AUGGCUGCAAAAGAUUCCCGCAAGUUUGGGCGCACUGAAAUCCUGUUUGCAAAGUUGGUUUUUGCAUUACUGAUCUUCGUUUCUGCGAUAUACUUGACGGCGAUGGCUUAUAGUUGGCUAAAUCAGCUGAACCGAUCAAAUUUGGCCCUAAAGAGCCCAGAACUGCACCAAGAGUUCGAAAGAUUCAUGGUCAAAUUUGGGAAGAAGUACGACACCGAGGAGGAGAGAAGCAAGAGAUUCCAGAUCUUCGCGAAAUACUACCAAAAACUCAAGGAUUCCAACAAGUCUGGAGGCGGGUCCGAACAAUCCUCUAAUACUGAUCUGGGUAUUACUGGCUUUGCUGAUUAUGCGGAUGAGGAAUUACCUCGUGGUGGGUGUUCCAUAGACUAA